AUGGAAGAUUUGGUGAACCUCGCUGACUUGUUGCCAACUUAUUAUGCGAGAUUGUUCCCCUUUCACGAUUACUAUCGUUGGCUUAGCUACGGGAAUGUGGGCAUAUUUACGCGCAGAGAAUUUUCAUUCACUCUGCAGGAUGAUGUCUACAUUCGCUUUCAAUCCUUCACAAGUGUGAAGGAUUUGGAAAGUGAGAUAAAAAGAUUAAACCCCUUUAAGAUUGAUAUAGGAGCUGUAUACAAUUGCAGUCCAAAGGACCAACGCAAAGGUACAAAUUUUCAUCCACUGGAGAGAGAAUUAGUGUUUGACAUAGAUAUGACUGAUUAUGAUGAUGUGAGAACAUGUUGUAAUGGUGCAGAUAUCUGUAGCAAGUGUUGGAAAUUUAUGACACUUGCCUGUAAAAUUUUGGACAUUGCUUUAAGAUUGGACUUUGGAUACAAGCACAUUUUAUGGGUAUUCUCUGGCAGGAGAGGCAUACAUUGUUGGGUUUGUGAUCCUGGUGCACGUUCCUUGACAACCCAUGAACGUGGUGCACUGGCAGAAUAUUUACAGAUCAUAGAUGGUGGAGAAUACAUGAAAAAGAAGGUGAAUUUGCCUGGUGAUAAGAUCCACCAUUCUAUUAAACGUGCACUGGAAGCAAUAGAAGCUGUUUUCAUUCCAUACUUUGUAGAAGAACAAAAUAUAUUAGGAACAGAUGAAGGGUUAGAAAAGUUCUUGCAGUUAAUUUCUGAUGAAGAGGAUAAGCAAGAAUUAAAGGCACAAUUUAAUCAAUCUAAUUCCAGCAAAGACAGAUGGAACACGUUUGUCAAAUACGCUAGAAAUAAAAAGACAUCGGGAGAUAAAAAUUGGUAUCUCUAUCGCCAUUUAGUAGAGGAAGCAAUGAUACAAUACGCCUAUCCAAGGUUAGAUAUACAUGUCACUAAAGGGUUGAACCAUCUUCUAAAGUCUCCCUUUUGCAUUCACCCGAAAACUGGCAAAGUUUGCAUACCAUUCACUGCAAAUACGGUAGACAAAUUUCAGCCGGAUAAAGUUCCAACGAUUACAACGCUGAUUGAGGAAAUCAACGAGUUUGAUCUGAAAGAUAAGGCCGAACAGGAGACACACGACUUAAACGCGAAAAGAAUAAAGGAUUACAAAAAAACAAGUCUCAAUAAAUCGCUCCGCAUGUUUCAAGAAUUUUUAUGGAACUUAGAAAACGAGAGAAAGGGGCAGAAAAUUAAGGAAAGCGAUACAAAGAUGGAGUUCUAA